UAUAAAACUAGCACUUUUAAUUAACCAAGAAAGAACUCAAUGAGCUGUUCCGGCGAGUUAGAAACUCGAAUUUUCCCUAUUCGAAAGAACAGACUAUUGGCAUUAAUAUCCCAAAACAAAAAAUGUUAGGGUUCAAAUUUCUCUCACCGCCACCGCUGCCGUCAAUCGCUUCACUUCCAACACCUAAUCUCGCUUUCAUUUCCUUUCUUCCUCGAACCCAUUUCAAAAUCCCUAAAACGCAGUCAAGAUUUCUCUUCUUUGCCCAAACCAACAACAAUUCCCCAGAACCAAAGCUGCAAGAAAAAGAAAAGCUUAAUGGGUUUACUGAUAACGGCGGCGGAGGAAGCAACGGUGGCGGCGAUGAUCCGAAGAAAGAUCGAAGUCCAUUGCUUAAUAUCAAAUGGGUUGAGCUUCUAUUGGACCCAGAUCCUGAUAACAUCAUAGCCGUUGGAUUGACUGGGUUGCUGACAUGGGCAAGCGUUCAAGUGCUCUGGCAAUUGUUUAUUGUUUCUGUAUCCAUUCUUGUUGCUGCUCUAAAAUACUCUUUUAUUGCUGCUUUGCUUCUUUUCAUUCUCAUUACACUUCUUUAGAAUAAUCUAAUCUCUUGUUUUGAUUGA